AUGUGCACCCAAGCAAUCACCCAAUCCCUCUGCUCCCACUGCAAGGAGCUGCUCCUCGAAGUCACCACCGAAGAGCGCUGCCCCAAAGUCAUCCAAGCGCAAGCCUACACCUUCUCGUGCGGCGCCAAGAAGACGACCAAAGCAAGGGAGUACCCGAGGAAGUGCGCUGCGUGUGUGAAAAAGGAGAGGGAGGAGGAGGAGGGGUCGGAGAAGAAUGGGAGGAGGAUGGGGGAGAGAUCAGUGUCGGCAGCACUUUUGUUGAGCCCCCUUAUUGCUGGUCGAGGUAUCCGCUGCCAGUCGUGCCCUUCUGUUUGGCAGCUGGGAGGACGGAGUCGGUAA